AUGAUGUUGGGGAGGAGAGGACUGCAGGCGAUUUAUCUCAUGGUACGAAGAGUAAAUCCUUCGGUUAUCAGAGCUCCUGUUAGACGUUUCCAUUCUCACAAAGAUACGGCGGGGUCCAAAGGGACGAUUGUCGUAGGAUUCAGUCUUUUGGGCUUCCUCGGGUUUGAGAAGGAAGAGGAGGAACUGGAGCCUGAACUUAUCACCACCAUCAAACGUUCCAUUUUGCUCAUUCAAAACGGUGAAUUUAAAAAAGCUGAGCAGAUGCUCCACGUCGCCCUCCGCCAGGCCCAAACUCUCCAGCACUUCGACGGAAUAACGUAUGUCUACGACGUAAUGGCAAAUUUGGCGUUCCAAGUUCAAGAAGUGGAGAAGGCGAAAAAACUGUUUAUUUCUGUGAUGCAGCGACUCAUGUCGACUGGAACAACUGAGGGUGACAUGAAGAUGAUCCACAUUAGUCUGAAGCUCGCAAAAUUGUACGAGAUGAGUGGAGAACCUGGCAAAGCCGAGGACGGUUACACCUUCUGUCUCAAGCACAUUUUGGAUCGAGCCAAGGAGACCCCAGAGGACGAGGAUGUCCUCCUCCUCUGGGGGAUGACCCUCGACUGGUACGGCAAAAUGCUUCUCUCUCAGUCCCGGCUGAAUGAGGCCUUAAAAUGCUACCAACAGGCUCACAAAUUAUGCCACCAAGUCCAUGGAGAUGAGCACCACCAGACAGUCGUUCUCCUCAAUGAUUUGGGAACUGUCUACUGCCUUCUGGGGGAGUACGAGCAGGCACUGGGACAUCUGUCCGACGCAAUAUUAAUUGGACAACGACUACCUGAAAUGUCAGACUUAAGUUCAAUUCACGUAAACAUGGGCAACGUUUACCUGAAGAAAAAUUUGUACAACGAGGCACGCGACGCCUGUCACACGGGACUGGAGUUAGCUAAGAAAAACAAUGAUAUAGAGUGCCAGGAGCAAGCGAACGCUUGUCUCGAAGAAGUGAAAAAAUUAUUGAGUCAAUAAUGACGACAUUUACAGUGGGAAAAAUCUAGGCUGAUGUCAUAAAUCGAUAGUGAAAAUUCCAGGAGGCAAAUUGUAACAAAAAAUGACAGAACAGAAAUGUAAACAAGAAUGAUCUAAACCUAUUUCCUUACAAAAAUACGAUUCCUCCUGGGAAUUGAUGAGGCGAAGGACUUUGUAAAUAUAUUACAAUAGAAAAUUAUCACAGGCUGUUCAAUCCUGUACGAUUCGAUGAUUCAUUCUCAAUCGAACAUUUCAUUCACUCGUAUUGAGCUAUUAGCACCAUCAUGUAAACCCCUAGGAGAAGAGCGAUUAUUUCCUUCAAGGAUUGCCAGAAUUUUGUGUCUGUUAGCAAUUCUGGGAUCACUGACACCGUCGCGAUAUAGAUGAAACCUCCUGCUGUGAAGGGGAGUAUCCAAGCUGUUGCUAAAUCCCCUGGAAUUUUUGAAAUUCGAAAUGUACUUUGGAGCACUUGCAAUUUUAUCUGCCAAAGUUUGGAUUAUUUUUUUAACGUGAGGCAUAAGGUCUGUCUCUGUUGAUUAGAUUUGAUUGGCAUAUCACUGAAAUAUCUAGUCAUAGUGGUCCUUACCCAUUCCUUCAGCAAGGAGGGACACAUAAGUGCCACAGAGAGCUCCAACGGCUGUUGUCAAUUGCAGCAGCAUCGCCUGUAAUUAACAAUGCUAAUGAGGACCUAAUUUUUUUAAAAUUCUAGUGUAACUUAGUGAAGUUUAUUUAAUAUGAGAUCAUGAUGAAGGCAUUGUGUGAGGUAAAUUAAAUGAAUUUCUUCUGAA